UGCCCUGUCUUGGGGCAGGCAUCGAUCGAGCCAAGACAGACCCCAGGUCUCGAUCUUUACUGGACAGUGGUCGAACCUACACGAGGACUGGGUUUUAAUCCACCAUGUGAUCUUGCCCACUACAAUACGGAUAUCACCAUUCUAGUGAGAACACAAUGGCAGUUUCAAACUUUCAGCUGCGGCCCGUUAUUAUAGGAUAUUAUCUGCAAAGUUUCAAAGCCGUAGGUGAGGGUAAAGUUGAAGGAAACUAUGAUAGCGAUACAUAUAUCCUAUUCCUUUUAGCUUUGCCCUUUACCUUCAUUUUCUGUAUUCUUUUGUUCACCAUACAGAAACUUUUUGUAACAUAUUGAAAGGCGUAUAAACUAGUGUUUGACUAAAUAAAUGUUUGUGUAAAUAAUAAAUGGAGUAGCAAUGAUGAGUGAGAGGGGCGCAAGUGGGCACAGGCUAAGCACGUGGGUGCUGCCUUUCUCAUUGCACGCUGGCAUGGCAUGGUCAUAAGACUCAUCGGCAAAAUCCCCUUCAACCCUCAAGCCUUCAAACCAUAUAUUCUUUUCGAUGUAAAAAAAAAAGAGAGUUAAAUAUAUAUUUUACACAAGAAAAGAAGGGGAAAACAAAAAAGAGAGCAUAAUUUUCAUAUAAGUUCUGGUUGAAUUUUUCGGAUUGGCAGAGUUUCAAAAUCGUUAGAUAUUCAGUUUGUUGUCCAAAAACCAUGCUUUGUUUGACUGCGUAGAGUUGAACUCAACAAUUGUGCAAGUCACUGAGAGAGUUGCUAUGGUGCUUUUUUUUUUUACUACCAUGCAAUACUUGAUCUUUGAUAGGAUUGCAAUGGCUUUGAUUCUUUGUUUUGCAUAUCAAAAUCAGAUGCAGUAUGGGAUUUGACUGAAAGCUCUCGGGCACUUCUUUAUUUUGGAUUAUUUGAAGUUCUGGGCUUUUGUCACUAUUGCGUUCUGUAUAAAACAGAGAGAGAGAGAGAGAGAGAGUAUUAUACUCACAACAAAAACACUAGUUACUCCUUUCUUCUUGGAUGUCCUCUCUUCCAGUAUAAUUGCAUAACAGUUUAUUUGUUUUAUUAGCUUUCUGAAGUAUAAGGUCUUUUCCUUUGGGUGGUUUCUAGUUGGGGGUUUGCUUAGUUAGGAAAUUCUCGUACAGGAACUGGGUGGUCUUGUCUGUUGGGUUGUCCGGAGAACUUCUUUUGAUUGCUGUUGGAGAAGGAGCUUUUUAUGACUUUCGGUGCACCUAAAGACAGGGUUCUAUCAUUUCAUCUUGUUAAGGUGAAUACAAAGGGCCAAGGAACAAAGAAAUAAACAAUACCAAAAUUCAGUCAUGAAGUUUAUGAAACUCGGAUCUCGGCCUGACACCUUCUACUCUGCCGAGUCUGUAAGGACUGUUUCUUCCGAAGUCUCUAGUGACCUUAUAAUUGAAGUAAAAGGAUGUAAAUAUCUGCUUCACAAGUUUCCUCUGUUGUCAAAGUGCUUGAGGUUGCAAAGAAUAUGCUGUGAAUCCCCUGAAAGGUCACAACACCAAAUAAUCCAAUUACCUGAUUUCCCUGGUGGAAUCGAGGCGUUCGAGCUUUGUGCUAAGUUCUGUUAUGGUAUCACAAUCACUCUCAGUGCGUAUAACAUUGUAGCUGCACAAUGUGCAGCCGAGUAUUUGCAGAUGACUGAAGAUGUUGAGAAGGGGAACUUGAUUUACAAGCUCGAAGUUUUCUUCAACUCCUGCAUCUUGCAAGGGUGGAGAGACUCUAUCGUGACAUUACAAAGCACCAAAGCAUUUCCCUUAUGGUCUGAAGACCUUGGAAUUACGAGCAGAUGCAUUGAAUCAAUUGCAUCAAAAGUUUUAACACACCCUUCGAAGGUGAGCUUGUCGCAUAGUCAUUCGAGAAGGGUUAGGGAUGAUAUAUCUUGUAAUGGAGCCGAGAGCCAGCGGCAUAAAUCGACAACCAAAGGUUGGUGGGCUGAGGACAUGGCUGAGUUAGGUAUAGACCUCUAUUGGAGAGCCAUGAUAGCUAUUAAAUCUGGUGGGAAAAUACCCACUAAUCUCAUUGGACAAGCAUUGCAAAUAUAUGCAUCUCGAUGGCUGCCAAACAUUUCACGACAAGUGAAGGCUAACCAAGGAGCUACAUCGGACUCGGAUUCAGACUCAACUGGCGAGGUUUCUUCAAAGCACCGGCUGCUGUUGGAAUCAAUAGUGAGUUUAAUCCCGUCAGAUAAAGGCGAUGUUUCUUGCAGUUUUCUGCUUAAGCUCUUGAAAGCAGCCAACAUUCUUAAUGCUUCAUCUUCUUCAAAGAUGGAACUGGCUAGAAGAGUAGCGCUUCAGUUAGAGGAGGCAAGAGUUAGUGAUCUGUUAAUACCCUCUCUAUCAUACUCGAGCGACACCCUUUAUGACGUUGACAUUGUCCUCACCAUAUUGGAAGAAUUCAUGUUACAAGGACAGAGUCCUCCAACCAGCCCUCCCAGAUCUCGGCUGGGGUUUGAAAGGAGAAGAAGGUCCCGUUCGGCUGAGAAUAUUGAUUUCGAGUUUCAAGAAAAUAGGAGGUCUUCUUCAGCAUCACACAGUUCCAAACUAAAAGUUGCCAAAAUCAUGGAUGGCUAUCUUCAAGAGAUUGCUAGAGACAUAAACUUACCUCUGUCCAAAUUCAUUGCAAUAGCUGAGAAAAUUCCGGAUUUCUCACGACUUGACCACGAUGAUCUCUACCGAGCUAUUGACAUUUAUCUCAAGGCACACCCGGACCUAAACAAGAGCGAAAGGAAAAAGUUGUGUCGCAUUCUUGACUGCAAAAAGCUCUCUGUUGAGGCCUGCAUGCAUGCUGCACAAAAUGAAAAACUUCCUCUUAGAGUGGUGGUACAAGUUCUCUUCUUUGAGCAAGCUCGAGCUGCUACGGUGGGGGGCAAAGUAGCUGAGCUCCCUAGCAACAUUAAGGCACUUUUAGCUGCACACAACAUUGAUCCAUCGAGACCUCCUAGGACCUUAAGCACUACUACUAGCAUUCGAGGUGAUGAUCAAUGGAGCGUCUCAGGCCUUAAAUCACCCAAGUCUAGAACUUCGACACUAAGGAUGAAGCUUGCUGAAGAUGAUUUGGAUGAGUAUGAUAUGAAUCCGGAUGGAUUGGGAAGAUCUUCUAAGUUCAAGGCUUUCUGUGCUUUACCUACGGGACCUAAAAAAAUGUUCAGUAAGUUGUUGUCAAUCAGUAGGAGUGGCAAUGAAAAAAACUGAGUGGUUUUUGUUGAUUUCCAUGUUGGGGAUGGUAAAUUUUAAGGGUAAUGUAUACUCUUUCUUUUGAGUAAACGCCUUAUAAUUUUAGCUUAGAAUGUCAACAAAGAUUUCGGGCUUAACCUUGUUGAUUAAUGCAGAAAAUUUUAAAAACUUACAUCCUACGAUUUUAAUUUGGACUGGAAAUUCUAGUUGUAAUCUUCUGCAGAAGUGAAAGGAUGCAGCGCUGUUCUCAUUGUCUUAUAAUAUUCGAAUAUCUUUAUUCCCAAA